AUGAUCGCGUACCCUCAACACCAGAACCAGCUGCAACAGCACCCAGGUAUGCAGCAGGGUCCUCAACAACAUGUUCAAGGCCAUCCAGGACAACCGGCGCCUCAUGGGAUGCAGCAAUUACAUCCUCAACAAGCCCAGGUAUAUGCUGCUCAGCAGGCUGCUCAGCAGGCUGCUGCUCAACAGCAACAUCAGAUGGCGCUGGUAGCUGGGUUACAUCCAGGACAAGCACAAAUGGCCCAAAUACAACAACAACAGCAGUUGCUAGUACAAGCACAGCAACGGCAGCGACAACAGCAGGCCCAACAACAGCAUGCGAUGAUGAACGGAAUGAAUGUGGGUAUGGGAAACCCGGGUAUGAUCUUUCAUGGCCAGAACAACGGGUCUCCCCAAGUCCGCGGCGGUCUUCCUAACGGUUUAUACACAGGCGGUCCGCCGGGAGGAGGCGUACCCGGUGCUAAUAUGGGGGGAUAUGGGGGUGGAAACCCUCAAAUGAGAGGAAAUGUGAGUCUACCACCACAUAUUCAUCAACAAUUGGCACAGGCGCAAGCAGCCCAGCAGCAGCAGCAACAACAGCAGCAGCAACAAAUGGUUGCGCAACAGAUAGCCAUGAACCAAGCGAAUGCUGCCGCUCAUUCGCAGGCUUCCCCGAUGAACAUGGCCCCACAACCACAGAUGAGUAUGCAGGGAAAUCUAGCACAGCAGCAACAGGUAGCACUAGCUGCCCAGGCUGCCCAGGCCCAGGCCCGAGCUCAACAGGCUCAGCAACAACCUCAAUCUUUGCGAGGUGCCUCUGUACUGAAAUUACACCAAUUCUGUAGCCACCUAGCUGCGUUUGAGACUCCUCGACUUGCGAACGACAUCAACUAUUGGCGAACAUUCGUUUCAAACUUCUACUCGCCUGGCGGUGUAAUGCGACAGGCACUCUGGAAUAGCACAACGCGGGAAACAAAGCAAUUCGAGAUUACAACCCAGGUUCUAGCUCGCUACUACUACACAUUAUUCGAGAGCGGUGUAAGAAAUGUACAGAUCAUGCUUGAAGGUACCCGGGAAACGCCGCUUCCAAACCAAGGGCACAUUGUGGAAUCCCCGAAAGCAAGUUUCGUGUAUUGGUUCCAAAACGAUUGUCACUUGAUUGCCACUGGAGUGCUGAAGGCAACUUUCAACCUUCAUUCACAGAUGGAGGCGUUGGAUUUUCAGACAAACGAGCAUAUUGAUUACGUCCCCCGGUCAGUCGUGAGUGCGCUGGUAUCCGCCAACGAGGAUGCCCAGAUAAAGUCAUCGCCUGGCAGCAAAUCGUUAGGAAAGAGACCCUCGCAACGUCAUGUGGAUGUGCCUGAAACUCUGGUGAACCCGUACGGGGUUCCUGACACUGUUUUUAGAUGUUUGGAGAUCGCAGAAACAAUAUCUCAAAUGCGCGACCUCUUCAGCUUUUCACAAGCGAAUGCGAAUCUAACACCUAGCCAAGCUCUCCAAAGUAUUGUGACUCAACAACAGCAGCAGCAACAACAGCAUCUAGCUCAUCAGCACGCGAUACAGCAACAGGCAGCUAUGCAACAGCAGCAGCAGCAGCAGCAGCAACAACAACAGCAGCAGCAGCAGCAACAGCAACAGCAGCAGCAACAACAGCAGCAGCAGCAAGCAGCGCAUGCCUCAGCUCUGGCUCAGGGGCUUCAGCCACAGCAGGGGCACCCCGGCGGACCUGGCGGCAUUCCGCGAGGCCCUAACCAGCAGCAGCACCAAAUGAUGGGCGGACUCCCAAUUGUGUUGGAGGAGUGGGAGGAGGACCAGGCACAACUCCAAGUCCACAUAUUCAGGCCCCAGGUAGGAAGCGCGAACACAUCUCCGAAUCAAACGAAUAAGCGGCGACGAGCAAGUACCACUAGCGAGGUGAAGCAAAACGAGGACGCAGGUGACAGCGGUGUCAAUGGUACGGUCAACAAUAAAGUCAAGCAGAGUCCACGGGUGGGCGGGAAUAAACGUGUUAAGACGAACGGAUCAUAA